AUGACGGUUAAGGCCGCUGGUAGUUACUUAUACUAUGUAUAUAAAUCAAGAAGGAGGUAUAUUCUUGAUAUUGAUCGUGGCAUGUGCAACUGUUGCCGGUAUCAAAUUGAUGAAAUACCAUGUGCACAGGCAAUUGCCAUUUUAAAGAGUAAAAAUGUUGAUGUAAAAGAGUAUGAACGUUACUGCUCAGAAUUGUACAGGCCAAACACCAUUGUCAAGACGUAUAAACUCUCGGUAGUUCCUAUGUCGUACAUGAAGGAUUGGAAUGUUCCAGAAUUUGUUGAUGCCGAUGAAGUUUUGCCACCCAAAUACAAAAGACCUCCGGGUAGGCCAAAGAAAGGAAGGCAUUUGAAAUCUAGUGAAUCACUUACUGCAAGUUCAAACCAUUGCAGUAAAUGUGGGCGUGCAAGCCAUAACCGUAGGACAUGCGAUUACUUUCCAAAAGAAUGUUGA